AUGAUUUUGUACUCCUUCCUGCCUGAAAAAUGGCCACUCAACCCUUCAAUUCAUCUCUCCAGCAGACAUUUCUAGGGUUUCAUGCUGGCCUUUACCAGAGAACUGGAAACCCUAAUUCUUUACUUGCAUCAAAGACCUUUAAGAAGGCCUCUAAUUUAAAUCCUAAUUCUUCGUUUCAAUGUCGUUUUCGCCAAAGGACCAGAAAGCCUGAUUCAACUAAACCAAAGACUGCUAAGAAGGCAAAUGUGAAUCCUAAGUCUGAGAGAGAUAGGCUUGUUCAGAAGCUAGAACAGGAACAGCCCACCACUUGGACCUCUUUACCACUUAAACCUGAGUUUGAAUCUUCAUUUUCAGAUGAAACUCGUAGGAAGUUCAAAUCCAUUUCUGUUCAAGUUUCUGAUGCUUUUCCCUCUACUUCUGGUUCAAAAGAUUCCUUUGGUGAUUUGUUUGAGGAUGUUAAGGAGUUUAGUUUUGAUGGGAAUUUCAACAGAAUUCAUCCUACACUCAGAGAUUCAAACUUUGCGGAAUCAAAUGGGAAAGGGAGAAAUUAUGACGGAGAGACUGAUAAUUCUUUGCAUUUGAAAGGAAAGAACUCUAAAAUUGGUGGCACGAGUACAGAAUUGGAACAAGAAUGUACGAGGUUUGGGGAUGGUGAGACUUUUAGGUCUUUAAGUGGAAGUAUUGAUGGCACCCAUAGGAAUUUUGCAGGUGCUGUCCAUGCAUUAGAUGAUUCAGUGCUUCUUGAAUUAGAUGAUGAAACAAAAGAAUUGACUUUAGAGUACGAAGAGAGUGAAUCUGAUUCGGAGGACAGAAGCGAAAAUUGGGUUUCAGAGAGCAAUUCAGAGGAGGAAUAUGCAGAGGAGAAGCCCCUUUUUAGCAUGAGUGGAACUUUUUCUAACGAGAACCUCAAAUCAGCACACCCCAACAUGACAUAUUCUUCUCACGGAGAAAUAGAAGGUUCUGACUUCGAAGACGAAGAUGAAGAAUUAGGAUUAGACUAUGGAGAGAAGUUUAGAGUUUUAGAGGAGGAUAAUGAAGAUGGUUUUGAGGAGAAAACUAAGGGAGUACCUGCUGUUAUGAGGUGCUUUGAUCGCGCAAAAAUAUAUGUGAAAGCUGGUGAUGGUGGCAAAGGAGUCGUGGCCUUUAGACGUGAGAAAUAUGUGCCAUUUGGCGGGCCUUCAGGUGGUGAUGGUGGUCGAGGAGGAAACGUGUAUAUAGAGGUUGACGGGUCCAUGAAUUCUUUAUUGCCGUUUCGAAAGAAUGUACAUUUUAGGGCGGGAAGAGGAAGCCAUGGCCAAGGAAAAGAGCAAGAUGGGGCAAAGGGAGAGGAUGUUGUGGUUAUGGUGGCACCUGGUACAGUGGUUAGAGAAGCUGGUACGGAUGGAAAAAUGGGAAGAGUUCUGUUGGAGUUGAUGUACCCAGGACAGAGGGCUUUGCUAUUGCCUGGUGGUCGAGGUGGUCGAGGAAAUGCUUCAUUCAAGUCGGGUACGAAUAAGGUGCCGAAGAUUGCUGAGAAUGGAGAGGAGGGUGCAGAAAUGUGGUUGGAUUUGGAGCUGAAGUUGGUUGCAGAUGUUGGCAUUGUGGGUGCACCAAAUGCUGGAAAAAGCACACUCUUGAGUGUUAUCAGCGCUGCUCAACCGACUAUAGCUAACUAUCCUUUCACGACAUUACUGCCAAAUCUUGGUGUGGUUUCAUUGGAUUAUGAUGCAACAAUGGUUGUUGCAGAUUUGCCCGGUUUACUAGAAGGUGCACACCUUGGUUAUGGAUUAGGUCAUGAGUUCCUGCGGCACAGUGAAAGAUGUUCUGUACUGGUGCAUGUUGUUGAUGGCAUGGGGCAGCAGCCUGAGUAUGAGUUUGAUGCAGUUCGUUUGGAACUGGAAUUAUUUAGUCCCAAGCUUGCUGACAAGUCUUAUAUUGUUGCAUUUAACAAAAUGGAUCUACCAGAAGCAUCAGAAAAAUGGGCCUCAUUUGAGGAGAACUUACUUAGUCGGGGUAUCCGCCCCUUUUGCAUGAGUGCAGCGAACAGGCAAGGAACACAUGAAGUGAUUUGUGCUGCCCAUAAACUAUUGAAGAAUGCAUCGGCAUCCGAAACUGAAUAUCCAGGUUCACAGGACGCCUUAAAUUUGAAUCAUGUAGCAGAAAUGGUUAAUAGACAACGGAGUGCUCCUAUGCAGGAAUUUGAAAUCAUUCAUGAUAGUGGUUCUAAUAGUUGGCAUAUUGUUGGUGCUGGGCUACAACGGUUCCUUCAAAUGACAAACUGGCAGUACUCAGAAUCCCUUAGGAGGUUCCAGCAUGUUUUAGAAGCUUGUGGUGUGAGCAAGGCUCUUACCAAAAGAGGGGUAAAAGAGGGUGAUGCAGUGAUCAUUGGAGAGAUGGAGUUGGUAUGGCAUGACUCGAAUGGUGCAUCUCACCCCACAAAUAUGUCGAGAAAAUUAACUGGAGCAACCAAAUGGCCUCAGUGGGAGUAGCUGAUUCAGUAUUUCUCCCGCCUAUUUUCCCAACUGCUGCUCCACUGGAGGUCAGGAUUAUACCCAUUUCUGUUAAAGAAUGUUGCUUCUGUGAUGUGGUGAACAUAUAUAAUUCACCGGUUAGGGCUUGCUUUAUGGUGUCUUUGAGUCCUUGCAACUACAGGGCAUUUUUUGAAGCAACUGACGACUGGUCAUGUAAAAAUCCAAUUUUGUGAGAAAAAUGUGGACUGAAUUAUACUUUGAUGAUUCAUGUCCUCUAAAUGCCAAUGUAGCCUGAGCCUUUCCAUUCAAAAUAAAAUCUGAGCUGUUCAUUGCCCACAUCUCAUGUACAGUAUGCCUUGCGUGUACUUGGUUAACGCCUUUAAAAAUUUUAAUAGUUGAGAGUGAA